AUGAAGGAUUUAGGUGAUCUGAAGUACUUUCUCAUAAUCGAAGUAGCAAGAUCAAAAAUCGGUAUAUUUUUGUCUCAACAGAAGUAUGUAAUGGAUCUACUCACUGAAACACGAAUGCUUGGAUGUAAGCCUGCUGACACACCCAUUGAGAUGAAUCAUAAGUUGUGUGAAGACAUGGACCAAGAACCAACCAAUAAGGAACAGUAG